GGAGAUAUAGUUAUUUCAUCUGGAACAAAAAUUGAACCUAUAUUCAUUACUCAAAUGUAUUGCUUAAGCUUAUCAUACAAUUAAACAUGUGUGCGUUAGGUAGCUUCUUUUGAAGCCCAGUACUGCCAGAUUAAAAGUUAAAAAAAUGGCGUGGGAGAUUCCUUCCUGGAUCGACGAAGCCUUUCUUGCUUCUACCCUCCAAGGAGACGACACCAAGCAAAAGGUUUCGAUUGUCAAGUAUUCAGUAAAGCCGGCUGUACCAACUGGUGAAAACUACUCCAGCCAGAUAUUUAGAGUCGCUGUAAAUUACACAACAGACAAGUCAUCUACAGAACAAACCAAAUCGCUUAUAAUCAAGGCACCGCACACUAAAGGAAUUGCUGCUGAAUUUGCUAGCAUGUUCGUGGAAUUCGACAUUUUUUCAAAAGAGAAAAGAAUGUACGAUGAGCUGUUACCAAAGAUGCAUAAUAAAUUAAACCUCCAGUUUGGUCCAAAAUUUCUCCACAGCCCAGUAGAAAAGGCGUUGGUUCUACGGGACUUGAACGAAGGAGGCUAUACUAUGGCUAAACGCAAUCAACAACUGGAUUUUUCUCACUGCUCACUGGGUUUGUCAGUCCUAGCGAAAUACCACGCUUGUUCAGUAGCAAUUCAUAAGGAAAACCCAACAUUUAUUGAAGGUCUCGGUAGAGAAGUCUUGUACAGUAACGAAAGCCCUAUUGGUCAACAAGUAAAGGAAUGGACAGGCCCUUUAUUCAACAUCAUCGGUGGAAUUUUACAAAAGAAGGGAGGUUGUGAACAGUAUAUAGACUUGCUAUCAAGCAAACUCGAUGGGCUGUGGGACUCUCUUAUUGAAAAGUUCAAACCCAGAGAGAACGGGCUAAAUGUCCUCAACCAUGGAGACUUUUGGGUGAAUAACAUGCUAUUCAAGUACGACGAUUCUGGAGAAGUCACAGAAGUUAAACUCAUCGAUUUUGCUGUUCCUAGGUACACGACUCCAGCAACUGACAUCGUCUACUUCAUAUGGAGCAGUGCAAACGAAGAAGUUCGAGAGAAUCGGCUGGACGAGCUAAGUGACGUGUACCUCCAGAGCCUCAAUGCGACAUUGGAGCUGCUGAAGUGCGAGGAACGGUUAUCCAAGUCGGAGUUGACAAAGGAACUCAAAUGUUUCAGUGACUGGGCGCUCACUCUCAUCUGCCAGUUUUUACCUCUAGUACUGACAGAUCCUAAAGAUGCCAUCAACAUGGAGGAGUUCACUCUGGCGGAUUUGGAUCUCAGUAACCCUUCAAACCAAAUGCUUAAGGUGUAUCAAGGAAAACUGUUUCAAGCUGCUCUUCCAACUGCUUUAAGACAUCACCAAAAAUGGGUAUCUUCCUUUGAGAUAUAACUGUUUAGUCCAGAACAAAAAUAGAAACAAUAUUCAUUUAUUUAAAUAUAUUGUAUAAGCUUUCAUGCAAUUAAUCAAUGCGUGCUUUAGGUAGCUUCGUUUGAAGCACUUACUGCCAAGUUCUAGCAAAGCUAGUAGCAAAAGUAGACUAUGUAAAAGUCAAUAAUUAUUAUAUACAUACAUUGUGUAACUGCAGCGAAUUUUUAGUUCCACAAAUAGCUAAUUAACAUGAGAAUCGUAAUAAGCAUAAUAUUGUAAUAGUUUGGUUGAAGAAAGGCCUAAUAAAUAAAACAAUUUGUAAUACAACAUUUAAAUAUUUAUAUAACACUAUAUUUAAUAAAAUAUGCAACAAAUUUAAGACUGAAUUUUGAACACAAAACUUUAACCCUUGUUUUUUCACCCAUUUUAGGGAAAACAAUAUUUAUUUUACAUUGUAACUCCUUGAAGAGAACACAAUACAAAAAUAAAACGUAACACAAAUAUAAAAAUAUAAUUCAAUGAAGCCUUAAUUUUACAUUAUAAAGUUAUUGCCUUAAUUUCGCGGUUGUUUUACAUUUGUUGCCCUCAUUCUACUAUGAAAAGCUGUUAAAAGUGUCGUAACUUAAUUGUUUAUAUCGCAUGUAAUACGUGUGAUUUUUCUGGAAAAAUUACUUUAAAUAAUUGGCUAAUUUGAGGUAGCUAGUUAGUUAGUGGACUAGUUAUUGUAGGUUGUGAACUAGAUAGUGGGUAUAGUAGACAAUGAUAAAGACGUGGAAUUGUUUUCUAAAAUUGCUUUAUAAAAUCUACAAACAUGAACCCCUUAUGUGGGAAUAUGGUUAUGUUUGAUCAAUAUUAAUUUUUUAAAUACACUUUAUAAGCUUAGCAUCCAGUUAAGCAAUGUAUGUGUUAAGUAGCUUCUUUUGAAGCACAUUACUGUCUUAGUAAGAAUAGAUAUAGAAUAGAAUAGAAUAGAAUAGAAUUAUGCUAAUUUUAAAAGUAUUUUCUAUAAAAGUACAGUAAUUGAGAAGUUUUUAAUGUAAUUUUGAAAACAUAAUAGUAAACUAAAACAAGUAUAUAAUAUUAAUAUAAUAAAUUACGAGAGAAAUAUCGUAAUUUUUUCAUUGAAAAAGUUUCACUCUCCUUUCUGCCAAUGGUUAAAACAUGUGUAUAAAAUUAAAUAUUCGAUUGUUAAUAGUUUGUCAUGUGUUGCGAGAUCACUCAUACUUGAAUCUGUUUUAAGUAUAAACAAAAAUAUCAGAAAAUUGAAGUAGAAUUAAUUGUACAUAUAAGGAAUAUCUGUACGAUAUGUUAGCUUGUUUUUUUCUGUUCUGUCUGAAUUUAUGCUGCCUUUAUACUGCAACUAAAACAAAUAAUUUAUGCAUAUUUUUGAACAAAAUAAUUUGUAAAUUUACAUUGUAUGUAGAUUCCUUAUUGUAGGUUGGUAGGACUACUAGGCAGAUAAUUCAAGAAAAUAAAAAACUAUAACUACUGUUUUCAAAUUGUACUAGCGGACCCGGCGCGCUUCGCUGCGCAUUUCAAUAAGUUUCCCGCGGCUUCGCACGCAAUUUCCCGUU